UUGUGGAGAGUGAUCAUUUGCAGUGUGUCGAGGAUCUUAGCCUGGAAGACGAAAGGGAAAGGAAACCGCGAGCGGUAGCUUCCAUUCCAGUCGGCAAGCUUGUGUGUGCUCGCGUGGAACGUCGCCAGCUUUGACGCGUUUAUUUCUUGGAUUUCGCCGCUACUGCUCUAUUGGUUCCUCUCCCUUGCUGCCGCCGCUGACCGUGUGUGGGGCUUUUGCCUGGCGUGGAAUUGUCCACGCGCCGCAUUAGUCCAAGUUGGUCAAAGCCAAGCGGGCUAGGCUAGUCACCCAGCUAGCUCCCCCUGCUAACUACCUCGCUGUGAGGCUAGCGGGGAACUAGCUUCGUUUUUGGGUGGGGGGUGGGGGUGGGGGGAGACUGUUAACACUCGGCGGACGCUCCAAGAAGUGUCCCGGGGAGGCUGAGCUGCGACGUUUAUUUCGUCGGGGGAGCCUGCUGCUUAAUACCCUGCGCAUUUAGCCCCGGACGCCCUACGUAGGCCUCAGUCGAAACCCCGGUGUCUCCUGUGCCCCUCCGCAGCUGCUUGAACGCUUUUUUUCCCGUUUUGUUUUUGGCUUGCUGGACCAGCGAGAGUUGACAGGCUCCUGGGUGCUACGCAGACUUCUCCCUGAGGAGCCAAGAAGCAGACGGCUCAUGACUUCUGACCAGGACGCCAAGGUUGUCGCUGAACCACAGGUGCAGCAAGUACAAGAGGCCAAGGACAACGUUCAUUUGGAAUCUGCUAAGGUUUCGGACCUCAACCCCAAUGCGAAAGCAUGGGCCAACCACAUGUUUAGCCUGGACCCCAGCGGCGGUGCUGACAAGUGCACUGCGGCCCUGCAACCAUGGAAGGAGGGCUGCGAGAGCUCAGCCCAGCAAGGCCCACCAGGUUAUGGAGCAAGUGAAGAGGACAAGGCUUAUCAAGAGCCUCUGCUAACCGAGCCCGAUGAACCUCCGCUGGUGAUGUUGGCCCAGUCUCCCGCCUUGGCCGCGCCCGUUACCCUGGAGCGCUCGGAGCCGCCCUACCCGGAAUUCUCGGAGCAGAGGCCGCCUGCAUCCGCAGUCAGUGAUCCCCAGCCUGAGAAUCCCCAAGAGGGUUUGCGAGAGCAGCUGAAGAAAACUCUGGAAUUCUGUCUUUCCCGCGAGAACCUGGCCAGUGACAUUUACCUCAUCUCUCAAAUGGACAGCGACCAGUAUGUGCCAAUCGUGACGGUGGCCAACCUGGAUCACAUCAAAAAGCUCAGCACGGACGUCGAGCUCAUCGUGGACAUUUUACGCUCUCUGCCUUUGGUCCAAGUGGAUGAGAAGGGGGAGAAGGUGCGACCCAAUCAGAACCGUUGCAUCGUGAUCCUUCGAGAGGUUCCCGAGAGCACCCCAGUCCACGAGGUGGAGGCCCUCUUUAAAGGAGACAGCCUACCUAAGUUCAUCAACUGUGAAUUUGCCUACAAUGAUAACUGGUUCAUCACCUUUGAGUCUGAAGCAGAUGCACAACAGGCAUAUCAGUAUCUCCGGGAGGAGGUGAAAACCUUUCAAGGGAAGCCUAUCAAGGCGAGAAUAAAGGCGAAGGCAAUCGCUUUGAACACAUUCAUGCCAAAGAAUGGUUACCGGCCAGUGGAGGUGAACCCGUACGCUCAGCAACGCUACACAACAUCCUACUACAUCCCGCCGAUGUACAGCCCCCAGCAGCAGUUCCCCCUCUACAGCCUCAUCACGCCUCAGGCCUGGUCGGCCACUCACAGCUUCAUAGACCCCACGCUGGUUGCUCCAUUUCACAACAACCAAUUCAUCAACGGAUUUACAUCGGCCAGUUUCAAACCAGUGACCACUCCUCUCAAUGUCAGACACCACUCACCCAGGACCAGGAAUCACAGCAAACCUCACCUGAGGCCGACCCUCCCGGCCGCAGAGCGCACAGGGCUCCUGGACAGCCCAGCUCUCUUUCCUAGUUUCCCCAGCGACAGAUUGAACGGCGUCCGCAGCAGCCCACCUACGCGCUUCCCUGCCAGCCAGCCUAGAAGCAGGUUACCUCCUGUCGCCUUGGCCUCCGCUGUCUUUCCCCGCCGGGAGUCGGCGGGCACAGGUCGGGUGUGUGACUUCACCGCCACAGCAGACUACUCUUCCCUGGGAAUGGGCCGAGGAAGGAAAAAGAGGGACGAAAAGUUUACACGAGUGCCACCUCAAUCGCCGCCGCCUCCACCCAAAGCGCCGUCUCCGAGCUUUGAGUUGGGCCUGUCCAGCUUCCCUCCUUUACCCGGAGCCGCUGGGCAUCUCAAGGCGGAGGACAUCUUCGACAACCGACAGGCCAGCGGCAGCGGCAUUGCACCGCCCGCUAAGGACAGAAACGUGAGUGUUGACUCCAGUCCCGGUGGAGCCCUCACCUCGGUCGACCCCAAAGAGCCUCUUCGGACGCCGCCUUCCUCGUCCUCCUCUUCCUCUCUGUUGCCUGUGAGCUUCAUAUCUUCGCCCACUACACCCGCCCCUGCUGUGGCACCCACCUGGACCCCUACGGCGUGCCCGCCACUGCCUCCCUCCAUCCCGGCAGCAGAAGUGAGGGUGUCAGAGGUGAAGCAGGCCAAGGACGCGCAGCUGUCUGUGGAGCGAGUUCCCGGCACGCUGUCCACCGCCAGCAAGUCUGUGCAAGUCAACGGCGCUGCAACGGAACAGCGGAAACCUUCCUAUGCUGAGAUCUGCCAGCGAGCGAAGGAGACCCCCGCACCGACGCAGCCUCUAGCCCCCAAGGAAGCCAAGCCAGCAGGUUGUGCCCCUACGGACGAGGAGAAGAAGUGCCCCGAAGUCUCAGGCCCGGCAGGGGAAGCCGCUAAGGCCAGAGAGACUUGCCCCCCGUCCUCCAAGCUGGCCCCGGGGGGAAGACCCCUGCGGGACGGGCGCAGGGCAGCUGGCCGCUGGGCCUCUCCGCCGCCCCACCCAGGAAAGAAGGAUUCCCACCAUACCCCGCCCAAGUCC